ACCGAGACACCGAGUACUAGCCCCCAAGUAUGGUUUGCGGUCAUACUUGAACCAAGCUUGUAGGCUAUGGCUUCCCUCUCUUCUCUCUUCCUUGCGUCGGCUUUCCUCCUUGCUGGCUCAGCCUUCUUCUACCGCUACGACGCCGGAAGCGGCAACAAGACUAGCGGCACAACUACCACGCACCUCCACUUUUACAUGCACGACGACUACACAGGCCCACGCCCCACCGCGAUGCGCGUCGUGUCCGGCCGGGCCGUAUCCACCGGCGACAACGCCACGGCGCUGAAGACCGCGCCGCGGCACUUCGGCGACAUCGUGGUGCUCAACAACGCGCUGACGGUGGGGCCCAGCGGCGGCAGCGCGCGGGUGGGCACGGCGCAGGGCUGGGCCGUCCGCGUGUCGGAGGGCGGCAUCGUGUCGGACCUGACGCUGCACCUGGUCCUCGAGGCCUGCGAGCACCACGGCAGCUCGCUGAUGGCGAGGGGCCGCAUCGACAUGGACGCGACGGUGCGGGAGUCGGUCCUCAUCGGCGGAACCGGCCGGUUCCGGUACGCGCGGGGCUACAUGCUCACCAAGAACUACGACUACAGCCUCGCCACCGGGGGCGUCGUUGAGAUCGACGUCUACGUGCAGCACGACUAGCUGGGCGCCAUGCCCGUCAGCGCGAUUUCCCGUGUUACCUGUAAUUGCUCUUAUAUUUUUGGUGCCUUCGUAUUUUUUGACGCCGCAUGCCCGUAUGGCCGCAUAUGCUCCAGUACUGGUGUGCAAGUGGUGUGUGGUAGCGCGUGCUUUCGCGUGUUAAUUUGUUUGGCAAAUAAUAAACCCUGUAAUAUGUAUCAAUAACGGAAGGAGCGUCUUAAGAGUUACGGAUUUGCUA